CAUUUAUUGGGAGAGCCGAAAAACCUGCCGUCCGCUGAAGACUCAUCUCAUCGCCGCGACAUGAAAAGUCGGUCUUUCAAAUAGAAAAAACAGUGUCCCAGUGCGUUAUUCUAACUAAAAACUCACACAGACAUGACAGUGGUAACGGUGUUCAGUGCGCUGCUCCUUCUCGGAUGCACGGCAGCCUCGGAUCCCUUCGAAUUCUCAGCGCCCAAGCUGGACAUCGACAACCUUGAGAACGGCUACCACGGCAUCGUGAAGGAGAACGAGACGGUGGUGGAGGUGACGCCCGUGAUCCGGGCCGUGGGGGCGAGCGUGUGCCGUUUCCGGAUCGUCAACAAGCACCACGGCGAGGCGCCCUUCGAGAUCGUCCUCAAGGAGGAGGGCGAGGCCGAGCUGAAGGCCAAGAGGGUGCUCAACUGCGAGAAGAGGAAGAACUACAAGUUCGACAUCGCCGCUGUCGGGUGCAACGGCAAGCAGAGCGUCAGUGCCACGGUACACAUAACAGUGUCGGACGUGAACGAGUACGCCCCCACGUUCUCGGAACCCAGCUACGUCCGUCAGGUGGACGAGGGGCGCAUCUACAAUGAGAUCGUCAGGGUGGAGGCCACCGACAGGGACUGCACCCCGAAAUUCGGGGAUGUCUGCAAGUACGAGAUCCUCACGUCCGACCAGCCGUUCGUCAUCGACAUGGACGGCGUCAUCAGAAACACCGAACCCUUGGACUACGAGCGCUCCCACAACCACAUACUCUCCGUCAUCGCCUACGACUGCGGCAUGCGACAGAGCUUUCCCGCCCUGGUCACCAUCAAAGUCAACAGGGUGUGCCGUCUCGGCUGGAGGGGCCUCCCCGAGAGGGUGGACUACGCCCCCAUGACGGGCAAACAGGAAUUGUUCCCCUCGGCCGGCUUGGAACUGUGCGACGUGCCUUGCAACGUGAGGGAAUUGAGGACUAGGGUCGAUUUGGCCACCAGGCAUAUCGGGAAAGGCUGCGACAGAGACACCUACUCCGUUCAGUCACAAAGGAAGCUCUGCGGGGCCUCACCAUCCGCCAUCGACUUGCUGCCCAGCCCUGGAGUGGGCGCCGAAUGGACAAAGCCCCUCAUAUCCGAUGAGGGCCACGAAAGCGACCAGAUGUUUGAAUUCGACGGUGCAAGCACCGCUGUCUCGAUUCCCAAUUCGGUAUUAGACCACAACCUGCCCAGCACUUUCACCAUCGCCACAUGGAUGAGACACGGGCAACAUCCCGGUCAAGAUAAGCACCUCAAGGAGCAUAUCUUGUGCACCGCCGACGAUCACAAGAUGAACAGACACCAUUACGCUCUCUUCGUAAGAAACUGCCGUCUUAUCUUGCUACUGAGGAGAGACUUCUCCGAGGGUGACCUCAACAUCUUCAGGCCAGCCGAAUGGAGAUGGAAAAUACCACAGGUCUGCGACGACCAGUGGCAUCACUACGCGGUCAACGUCCGUUUCCCGGACGUCGAGCUCUACAUCGACGGGCAGCUGUUCCGCACCGAAAAGAAGAAUCCCGAGGUGAUCGACGACUGGCCUUUACAUCCCACCAAGGGCAUCAACACCACCCUUACCGUCGGAGCUUGCUGGCAGGGAUCUGACAACAAAAUGAGGCACCACUUGAAGGGUUACUUGGCUGGUUUAAGCAUUUUGGUAGGAGAAAACGAAAAACCCGAGGUAUUGAGCUGCUUGCAUCAGUGUAAGGAAAGUUUGCAGGUCCCAGCGAUGGAAUUGCUCCAGCCCGGCAUGGAACUCCUCACCAACUCCGACCUCACCGAGGUGACCGUCGAGGGCGACAAUCGCACCAACCUCGAGACCCUCGUCCGCAAGAUCGGCUACGCCAACUCCCGCGAAUUCCCCACCCCGGGCCGCAGGAACCUCCGCCUCACCACCACCGUCACCUGCGACAACGGCAAGCAGGUGAAGGUGCCCGACGCGCAGACCUACGUCAUGGUGCUGCGACCCCAGACGCCCAGCAUCAUCCUGAACGGCACCGGCAACAUGGCCAGGAAGUACGAGGACUUCCGGAUGGGCGUCAGGGUGCUCGCCGACAUCCACAUCACCGGCGAGCAGAAGCUGGACAAGUGCCAGUUGACGAUCUACCCGAACCUCAACCCCGACCACGAGAACCUGAGCGUGCCCGAGGAGAUGCUGAAACGACUCGGUAUGGCAGCUAGAGUGUCGAAGGACGGAGUGACCAUCACAGGCUCCGACAUGGUAUACAACUACCAGCAAGUGCUCCGGCAGAUCGUCUACACUAACCACAAGCCCGCUUACUACCUCAACCGGGUCUUCAAACUCACCUGCUCCGAACUCAACGGAAGGUUCACUUCCAACGAAUACGUGCAAACGCUGACGGUGAUCCACCCCCAGCCGAAGGAGAGCAUCGCCCACGCCACCAUCAACAAGCACAGCGUGGAAAUCAGACCGGCCUCGGUCGUGUCGCACGAGUACGUGCCGUCCGAGCACCUGAUGGCCGCCGGAGGUUCGCACGCCGUCACCAUCAUCGUGGUGGUCUGCGUCGGGUUCCUGCUGUUCAUGAUCGUCCUGGGCGUGGUGAGGAUCAGGGCGGCGCACAACAGGAGCGCCGCCGAGGAGGCGCAGGAAGGCGAGAUGACCUGGGACGAUUCCGCACUUACGAUCACCGUCAACCCCAUGGAGAACGCCGAGAGGAAACUGGAGGGCAACACCGUGGAGUACAGCGACACGGAACAGUCGGACUCCGAGAGCUCCUCGGACGACGAGAACAUGGACGGGCCGUGCCGGGUGCCCGAGUCCUCGGACGACGAGGAGGAGCAGCCGAGCCGCAUCCGCAAGCACGACUAUCAGAACGUCAGUCAGCUUGAGUGGGACAAUUCCACCAUGUAAGGUAGAUCGACCGGGCGGCGUCGCUCGCCUGGGCGACGGGAUGCGACGGGUGGUGCUUCACAUCUAGGUUUAUAAAAAGUCGUAGCUCUCCCAAAUUCUUUAGUUAAACUUUACCGUAAUAAAAAGGAAUUGAGUACCGUAAGAAUUGAUUUUAGGAAUUAGGGGAACUUGGUGCGUUCUGGGAAUACA